AUGUGUGAUGCAGUGUUGCUAUGUAGAGUUAGUGAUGGACUGACUUUAGUUGAAACAAACAGUGAGACAAAAAAUAUGUCUCAUAAAUUCGAAUUAAAGAAGUUAUGUAAAAAGUUAGAAACAUUUCCUAAAUUAUCAACUAUAGCAUCAAAUCAAUUUAAUUAUCAUUUUUUAAUCGACAAUGGAAUAGCAUAUAUAGCAGUUUUUCCUUUAUCCUAUCCCAAAAAAUUAGCCUUUUUAUUUUUGAAUGAUAUUUGUAAACAAUUUAAUGAAGAAUUGAUGAUACAAUAUGGAACACAUUCAAUAGAUUAUAGAUCAAUUAUUGAAACUAUAGAAAAACCGUAUUCUUUUAUAAAAUUCGAUAGAAAAAUUACAAAAAUAAAACAAGAGUAUAAAGAUCCUCGAUCUAAUAUCGCAAUAAAAAAAUUAAAUGAAAGUUUGAAUGAAGUCAGUAACAUUAUGAGAAGAAAUAUAGAUGACAUACUUUUGAGAGGAGAAAAUUUAGAAGAUGUUGGAAGGAAAGCUUUCAAUUUGAAAUACGAGUCCGAAAAGUUCAAAAAAGCCUCAAGGAUUUUAAGUUUGAGAUAUACUAUGUAUCAAUAUGGGAUUGCGAUUUGUGUAAUUCUUUUUUUUUUUUUAAUUAUAGUUUUUAAAAAUUAUUUUUAA